GCAUUGUCAGGUCUGGUUUACUUCCCCAUUGACAUGCGCCAUGAAUCAAAAUAAACGCCAUCUAAUAGACACCUUCUUGGGAUAGUAAACAUUAAAUGAAGAGCAAAGAUGACGACUUUUGCCAACCACUUUUGGGGUCCAAAGAAUAAUGGAUACUUUGCUUUGUAUCACAACAUGAAACAUGGUCAGACUUCUACAAAAGAACUUAUAGAUUUUCUUAGAGAAAGUUGUACAGUUGAAGAGAACUACAGCAAAUUGUUGAUGAAGCUAGCUAAAUUGGCAGCAAACACGCCUCCUGUGGGAACUUUUGGUCCAUUCUGGAAUAUAUUGAAAUGUUUAAUUGAAAAACUUUCAAGUCUACAAAUGCAGUUGGUUCAUACCUGGUCAGAUCUUAUCAAAGAUAUAAUUCGUUACAGUGAAGAGCAACAUAAACGACAUAAAACGAUUAAAGAGAAUGAGCAGCCAACAUUAGAUUCAGUUCAGACAAUACAACAAACUACAACUGCUGUACACAAAGCUAAAGAAAUCUACCAUACCAGAUGUAUAGAGCUGGAAAGGUUAAAAAGAGACAAUGCUUCACAAAAGGACAUUGAAAAGGCUGAAGUGAAGUACAAAAAAUCUUUGGAAGAGUACAAAGCCCUAAUUGAAAAGUAUAAAGAAGUUCGAAAUGAUUUUGAGGGCAAGAUGGUUGGCUCUUGUCAUCAUUAUCAAGAACUUGAAGAAGAACAUAUUUGUCAGAUGAAAGAUUUUAUUGAUACUUUUGCAAAAUCAUGGGAAAAUGAACAUUUCCUAUUAGGACAGGUCCAUCAAGAAUUUAAGCAAAACUGUGAUGAAAUGACACUUCAAAAGUUGAUCACAACUUUUGUGGAGAAAAAGGGAACUGGUACAGACAAACCUGGUCCCAUAGAGUUUAUAGAACCAGACCUAUCAUCCCUAUUGGUUAAUCGUCCCAUGUCACCAGAGCCAAAUUUAGAUAAGAAAGACAGUGUUAUAGAAAAACAAAAACAAGAUAUGACAGUGAUUAACCCUCCAAUGACACUGAGUGAAACCAGUGGAAGCCCCAGUCCUGUUUUAUCAGAUCAGCCAGGGCCAUUGAGCCGCAGUGUCAAGUUGCGUGUUUCUCGUACAUGGUUUUUAAAAAACAAAACAAAGAAAAAAGAAAAAGUGAAAAAGAAAGGCAAGAAGGAAAAAGACGAGAAAGACAGUGAAACAAAUGAACCAGAAAUUCAAGAUCCAAAUAUUGAAGUAGAUGAAGAAGGCUACCGAAUACGACCAGAACAUCCAAUGGACAAUAAUGGAGAUAAGAACAGUUGGUAUUCAAGUGAUAGUGAUUCUGACUCGGAUGGUGAAGAAAGUCGGCGGAAACUUAAAGUAGAGAUCAGGCCUCUGAGCCCAACAACAGGAGGCGGCAGUACAAUUGAAGAUAUCAGAGCUUCAGUAGAAGGUUUACGAUUAUCCCCUUCAGCUGUAAGGAAAAGGUGCCAGACUCCAAUAGAUAAAAAAAUGAAAAGGUCACAGUCAGAAUCAGAUACAUUAGACAAACCAGGGAACCACGACUUACUAAAUUUAGAUUUCUUAGGUUCCAGUUCUACCGCAUCAACUCCAUCAACUGUCAACUACAAUGUAAGCCUACCCUCUCCGCUUUCACCGUACACUGAGAUCAACUGGAAUAGUAGCACACCUACAUCUAGUUCUGUCACGUCCCCAUUAAGUGGCUUGCCACCACCUAUAGCAAGACCUCCUUCUAGAACUAGAGGCCUUAUUGGACAGCCUAAACUCAAUGGACCAAUUCCAAUGAGUCGGUCUGACAGUAAUGGCAGUAUGACUUUUACUACUACCUCUAUGCCUAUUGGCUCUUCUCGAGGGCCCAGUCCUCUGACUAUUGGAAUGUCAGAUACAGUUCCUUUGGCUAUUGCUUUUACAGAAACAGUCAAUGCAUAUUUCAAAGGGCAUGAUGCACAAAAAUGUGUGGUUCGGAUCAUUGGUAACGUAAUGAUGUCAUUUCCUGCUGGUGUAGUCAAAGUUUUCACUGAGAAUCCAUCUCCAGCUUUACUUUCAUUCCGUAUCAAAAAUGCAGAUCAAUGGGAGCAAGUUAUUGCUAAUUCAUCUUUACUUAUAAAAGAUGAAACUUUGAGUACUGCUACUGUGUAUUGUUUUGAGUUUAACAUGUCCAACUUAAUUGAACACCUAAGGCAGCAAGGAGAACAGAAUAAAGCAGCUUCUUAUUUCAAUAUUGAUAUUCUCAAAUAUCAGGUGAAGUCAUUACCAGGUGUAGAAAGUACUCCAUUGCCAUUAGUUGUUUACUGGAAAUGUGAAGACAAUGUGACAGAUUAUAGACUGGACUACAGAUAUAAUCCUAAAGCAAUGUCCUCUCCAGUUACUUUGAAAAAUGUGGUGGUAGCUGUUCCCCUUGAUGCUGAAGUUACUAAGAUGCAGAGUUUACCCAAUGGAGUAUGGGAUGCUACUGCCAAAAGGGCCAAUUGGAGAUUAAAUGAUAUAUCUGAAGUCAGUGAACAAGAAUCCCAAGGCUGUAUACGUGCCAAAUUUGAAAUGACUGCAGGGCCUACUAAAGCUGUAACUACAGCAGUACAGUUUGCUGCUGAAGGUGCCACAUUAUCUGGUGUUGACUUUGAACUAGCUGGGUCUGGUUAUAGAAUAUCUUUAUUAAAAAAACGCUUUGCUACAGGGAAAUAUUUUGUGGACCCAGAACCAUCUGUAAGCUAUGCAUGAUUGUCAAGGAAUCAGGUCCUGUUCUACAUACAUGUAGCAGACAUAUUUGUGUGUUCCAUUUGUGUGCAACUGACUGGCUGUGUUGUUAAAUAGUUCUGGUCACUAUCAACAAAAUUUUCAAUAUUUUUUAUUGUACACACACACAUCCUUAGUCUAAAAAUAAACUUUUGUUAGAUAUAUUGUUUAUUUGUUGGUGAUUAAUUGGAUGAAAUAUUUAUAAUUGUUAAAUGAUUUCUUUUUUCAUGAUAUGAUGCCUUUAAUUUGCUUUAUGUACAGAGCCUUACUUUCGUCAGUCAACAAAAUAAUUUUACUAUGGUGUUUUUUUUAAUUAUUAAUUAUGAAAAUGUCUUUUGUGGACUAUUUCCUUUGCAGCAACAGCAAUACCAAGGGUAGAAAUACCAGUUGGCUGUAUCUAUCCUUUUGAUUAAAAUAGAGUACUAUGUUAAUCAGAAGAGUUAAUUUGCAUACUUGACAUUUCAUUAAAUUAAAGAUUUUUAAGUACUGCCUAAAUUAAUAUAGCCCAUGAUUGCUUUGUAAUCAUCUAGUGUCAUUAAUCAAUCUCUCAGAAGUGUAAUACUUAAUCUUAUUCACUAGCUGUAUUGUACCUUAUCAAAGGCGUAGUACAUCUUGGCUGCAAUAGAUUUUAAGUUUGCAGAUUUUCUGAAUAUUAAUUUUGCUUUAAAAAAAAAGGAGUUUACAAACUUAAUUGCUUAAGCUUGACUUAUAGAACAGAAGAUUUUUGGCUUUAGCGAGUUAAUGGCUCUUAAAAGAUGUCUGUCACUCUUGCGUGAUAUUCAUAUCUACUGAAGAUUUAUCUGUCUUAUAUCAUUGAUACAGAAGUUUCCAAGUUAAGUAUUUCAUGUGGGUUUCCAGCCAUGUACUUCACUGAUACUUGUAGUUUCUAGCCUAGCUUGUACAUAAGUCUUAUGUAUGAUAUUUUAUCAUAUCUUGUAUAGUAUUUACUCAAACUUAUACCGUAGGUGUAUCAAUUUACUAUUGUUGUAUCCAACACUGCAAUAACAGACGUAAUUGGAUUAUUUGGAAUGUAGUCGUCUUUUUUUUUAUUAUUCUUGUUUUUACAAAGUUAUAAUUUUGUAUUGAGUCACCAUUCCAAUUAUGUCUACUGUACAGACUUAAAUAUAAAUAUAUUAAAACAUGUCUUUUUUUUUUCAUUCUGCCCCCUAUUCCAGUUUUUUCUAACCCAGUACUUGGCCAUAAGAGCAAUAAUGGUGUCAAUGUGACAUCCUUCUUUAGUGUUUGGCUUUUAAAUUGUUGUUUUAACAUAACUUUUAGUUGCUCUAAGUCAGUAAUAAUUUUAGUGUUUUCAGAUCUUGACGAGUUUUUUCUUUUUUUUUUUUUUUGGGUAACAGCUAGUCAAACUUUACCGUUUUAGCAUUUUAGUCCAGCUUCCGGGGCGCAUUCCUGGGCCUUGGAUAAAGGGGUCAUGGGUGGCCCAUGCGUCAUGAUCCCUCUCUCGACUUUGCUGACGUGAUCCAAAGGAACGCAUCGCAUUACAUUUGGCACCAACUCAGUUGCAGAAGCUGCCGGAGGGAAUUUCAUAGCUGAUACUCCUAAGGGGCUUCACUCCUGAUUUCUCCUCGAGGUUGUCUCCUGAAGCCUCAGUACCGCAAGGCAGCGGGGGUUUGAAGUCAGAGUACCCCUCUCCUAGAUGAACUGCCUUACUAGGCUGACGAGCUCCAUCUGCCCGAAGCUCCCGGUUUUGUGGCGCCAGGUAUCCGCCUUCACCCCUUCACCUGUUAGUAAGAGCAGUUUCGCCGGGCUUAAUAUCUAAGCCACACGAGCAGGCCAGGUGCUGGACUUAGUUGCCAGAGGCAUGCCAUUAGGAGUAUUUUAUAGACAAUGGGAGCUUAACCCCAUUGACACCCCUGGCCAUGACAACCUUUGAAACCAGUCCAGCUAGUAAUAUAGUAAAAUCAGAUAUAAAUCACUAUAAUCAUGGGGAAUUUGCUUCAUAUUCCUAUUCUGUUACCUCCAGAAACUGUGAAAAUAGUGUGGUGGACUUGUUGAACUGGCUCAUCUGGCCUCUCUCUCUCAUCCUCACCUUCAUUGAAAAAUAAAAUUGUAGCUGAAGAAAUAUGUUGCAUUUAAAAGCUAAUUCAGUUUAGAAUACUCAUCAUACACAUUUGUCUACACAUUUGGAAACACUUUUCCUCAAAAAAAAUAAAAAAUGUUAUUCAUGUCAUCUCACAUUGCAUGUAUAAGCUUUUUUUUUUUAAUAUGAACUAGUUGGACACUGGUUACUGAAAUAUUUUGUCUUACUUCUUAAAAAGAAACUCUGUGAAAGUUUUUAACUAAUUUUUUUUUAGUAUAUUCACUAUUUGUUGGUUGGUCUAAAAAAAUCUAACAUUUUGUUCUAAAAUAUGUACAGUUCGUCUAGUGUUAGGAAAAUGUUGCUAUAUCAUUGUUUCUUUUUUUAGAAAUGCAAAAAAGUUUUUUUGAUUUUUAUAGGAACAAAAAUAAAACACAGCAAAUUGUUACCGCAACGAAAAUGAUUUAUAAGAUUGACCUGAGUUACUUCGUUUCUCUUUCAAAGUUUCUCUCUGUGCAUUCAUUUAGGCAUUAUUGUAAAUGAGAAAAUAUUUAUUUAAACAACAAUGUUUCGUGCUAGUAAUUUACUUCUAUGCCGACAAGAUUACAAUAUUAAAAUUGUAUUUAGGUUCAGUUAUAUUUUUACUUGUUUAUGCUGUCUACAUUUUAUUUAGAAAAAUAAUAAUCAUUUAAUACGUUUAUGAAGGUAAGCUAAGCAAGCCCAAUCAUUUAAUAGACUGAGCAACUUAUUUAGCUUCUCAGUCCAAUGUGAAAUUUUAAAUAGUAAGGACCACAAAUAGCAUAAAAAACUGUCUCAGUAGAAAACAACGUCAGCAGUCCAUCAGUGUUUUUUACUAUGCACAAGACUCUCUUGGAGACUGUUUCAGCAACACCAAACUGUGUUAGUAGGCCAUUUCAGUACUUGUAAAAAGCCAUUUCAGUCCAUCAGUGUUGGUACCAUACCAUUGCAGUCCAUCAAACUAUUUUGGUACAAGAUUACAUCAGAUUGGAUUGAAACUUAAUCGUUUCAAUUUAUCAGAUUGUUGGUACCUUUGAAAAUGUCCUUUUUGUAGAAUCAGAGCGGCAAGCUCCCUUGACUACUGCAGUGGAUGACUCCCAGUAUACAUGCCUGUACCAGGAACUCUUCACCCACAAUGACAUCUAUCAUUACUAAAGAGUGUUGGUACCAAAUUGUUUCAGUACAUCAAGAUGACUGGCAGACCAUGUAAUGUGAUAGACCCUUCGGAUUUUAGUCACUAUAGUUCCAAAUUCAAACCCUGCAUAUCCUCAUCCCCUGCAUUUCUGCAGGUUAGGGCUAUGAAAUAAUACCUGUGUAUGAAGAGUAUUUACUGCCAGAAUAACUUAACAAUUAGUGCCAGAAUGUAACUAUGUAGUAUGUGAAGUUUUAAGUAACUUGCAAGGCGUAGGACUUGUUUCUUAAAUAUUGAAUUACAAGUCAAGGUUAAUUUUGCAUGCUUAAAGCAUGAAAGAUGUGAUGUAGCUGCACUAUACAAAAAAAAAAUUUUUUCAAUUAGAAAUUGAAUUUGUAUAAAUAUUCUAAUUUGUGCAAAUGAUAACCAAGGAUGAUAUUGAAAAGAAGUUAUGCUAACACAGCGGUUCUCAACCUUUUGUGCUCGGCGACCCUUUUUACAAUCCCCCACUUAGCCGUGACCCCUCCCCCGCACACACACACAGCAAUUGAAGAAUAGACAAUAACAAUCCAUUUUUUCAAUGGUCUUUGGCGACCCCUGGCAAAUUGUCAAUCGACCCCCAAGGGGGUCGCGACCCACAGGUUGAGAACCCCUGUGCUAACAUGAAAGGUUUAGAUUAAAUUAUACAUUGACAUAUGUUUUUUUUUAACAUGUAAAAGAUUUUACACAAUGCUGGGAAAUGUAGACCACAAAAAAUGAAUUAAAAAGUGUAUCUUUGUUACAAAUGAUUUUAGCAGCUUUUAAAUAUUUUUUUUUACCACACAUUUUUCUUCAAUAAUAUGAUUAAUAAUGAAUCAAAAUCUUGAACAUUCAAAUAAUUAUGUUAUGGGAAAAAAAAACAAAAAAAAACAUCACAAUGAGAAUUAGACUAUACUAAAAAAAAUAUUUUCUUAAAAUCUGAUUUAAAUCAAAUAAAAUUAUGAUUAAAAAAAAUCUUAAUUUCUAUCAAAAAAAUUCUUUUCAAUGUUGUUUAAUGUGUCAUACUUUAAUUUAGAAAAAUUAUAAUUUUUAUUCAUGUUUGAUACUGCAAGAGUCAACGGUUUAGUGAAAGUUUUCAUCCACAAAAAGAGAAAAAAAAGUAUACGAAGGUGAAAAUAAUUUCACUAAAUUUUUAACUUGCUAGCAUUUCUCAGCACCAUUCUUACAUUUUUAAAUACAAUGCGCCUCUAUUAUGUGUUGUUGUCUUCAAAACGGUGUCAUACAUUUUGAUUCCUCCUUGUUCCAAUACAAAAAAACAUAUUUUUUUUUUGCAAAACAUUUUAAUUAAAUAUUUUAUAUUAAUUAGUUAUAAAUUGAAAUAUACAAUAUUACGUUCGCUAGACAUUUAGUAGUUGUCUUUGAGAGAAAUGUAUGUUACCUUUAAAGCCAUUGUUUCUUAUUUAAGUUUUUGAAUGAUUGAUAUUAAAUCUUUAGGGAAACAAUUCCUCUUUCAAAAUGUCAACAAAAUGUCAAAGCACCAGAAGUUUUUUUUUUAAAUUGCUAAAAAAUCAGACUUGUACAAAGUUUUUUGUUGGCCAUCCUCCAUUAAACAAGUGCAAUUAACUCUUUCUCUUCUAUUUGACGAUACCAUUGUUUAUGUGACCCAAUUAAAUUAAUUUUUGUUUUUAUAAACAUUUGUGUUAUAUAAAAAGAGCAAGCAUUCCCCUACAAUUCUAUACCAAAUAAAAUAUUUUCUUCUAAUAAAGUAAUAGAAGUUUAAUCAUAACAGGAAAGUGAACUAUAAAUGAACAAAAAGAAAUAAUUCCCUCGGAUCAUGGAGAAUAAUUACGGAGAGAAAGAGUUAAUGUGAGUUUCUUAAAAGUCACCUUGAGGCUUUAGAAAACUAGAAAACAAUAUUUCCUUAAAACUUUUUUUUUAAUCCCUGUAAAUUGCAUAGUUGAGUGAUGAAAUGUACCUCAAAAAUUUGUGUACAUUAAUAAUUGGUGUGAUGUCUUUGUUUGCUUGUCUCUAGAUUUCCUGUUGAAAUUGAUUGUAAAUAAUUCUAAUGUUGAUAAGAGUAUACGAAGAAUCCAUAUUAAACUCAACUGAUUUUUGACCAUUCUAAUGAUAUGACAUUUUGUAUGUCAGUAUACUUGUUUUUUUUUUUUUUCGUUAGUUUUUUUUUUUUUUUUAAAUGUAUAUGUUUUAGAAAGGUGACAUUGAAAAUAACAUUUGUUUUUCCGGGGUCACUUAUACCACUUGAAUACAUAGACAAUUUAUUUUAGUCAUUUCAAAAUGUUUAUAAUUUAAGGACAUUGAGAAUUAUUGACUGAUAUUUGUUUUAAGUGGCAUAGGUCUCUCUUAUUAAUCAUUAAUAAUUUGCAACAGAAAAAAAAAAUUGACUUCACUUGCCCUUGGUUUUCUGCUAUUAAAGUUAAUAUUUAUUUAGAUCUAUUUUAAUGCUGUUAAACCAUGACUACUGUUAUAAUAGGUAAAAAAAAAGAAUUGGUUAAUGUGAAUGCUUAAGUUUAUGGCUUCCAGAAGUUUCUUUUAGAAGGUUGUUGGUUUUUUUUUUUAAAUUAAGUGAAUUUAGACUACCUCUAACAGUAUCAGGCAUGUGACAGGUGAAAGAAAGGGUUGGUCAUUAUGCUGGCCAUAUGACACCCUCAUCAAAUUUAGCCAAUAGAAACGUUAGCUUCACAUCAUCUCCCCUAUAGACAAGGUAUCCUAGAGAAACUUGACUUACUGUAUUAAUAGACUCAUUAUAACAAGGGCUGUUGGGGUUGAGGAAGAUUGCUGUGGGCUUUGGAAUGUCAUGAAGUUCAGGAGAGGAAGGCUAACAGUGACGUGCAAUAUUUGUUUGGUAGCAGCUGCCUUGAUUCAUGUUUUGUUAUAUUUUCCAUUUAGUCUGCAAAUGUCAAUGGUAUACAAGUUUUUUGUUGUCCAAUAGACCAUAUGGUAGUUUGAAUUAAAUGUUUCUUUGAA